AUGUGUCCCAAAGACUGGAUAAUUGAACAAUUAAAACGAAAAAAACAAGAACAAUUGGACCGUCUACGAGAACAACAUGCUCAACAAGAGGCAAAACAAGCUCAAGCUGCUUCGCGAAAAGUAAUUACCGUACCAGCUAAAAAGCCUCAAAAAUAUCUCGAACUCUCAUUGACACAAGCUGAAGAAGAUUUGUCACUACAAAAAAUAUUGACAGCGGAACGAAUGGAUCUUCUCAAUACACAACUGUGUCCUGGAUGUCAUGUUCGUAUAGAGAAAAAUGGCGGCUGUUCACACAUGCACUGCUCGAGAUAUGAGCUUCAUUUUACGUGGAAUACGAGCUUACAAUUAAAGCAACCGAAAGAAGGCGUUUUCCUCACGGGAUCAGACUUUCUUGAAAUUGAUACAAUUAAGCAGCAACUGGAUCAUCGACCACUAGUAAAAGUUGAUGAGUCUUCUGAAAAAGCUGAAGAAGAGCAAGAAGAACCUAAAUUUGUUCUUAAUAAUCAGACAGCUGUUGGUGCAGUCAUGUUUAAUCGAAUGAGAAAAUGUCCGAGUAGAAUUUGCAAAACAUUAAUGUUAAAAUAG